AUGUCAGGAUUACGUCGUUCAGCUAGAGUUGCUUCUACCUCGCAAGCCAAAGCAGAACAACAAACUGCAGCCGCUACAACCACUGCACCACCUCCAGCCAAAAAAGCUAAAACAGAACCAAAAGGUGAACCAGAAGGGGAAGAAGAAGCUGAAAUCACUCAUGAAAUUGAAAUUGGCGACAAGAUCCCUGAUCUCACUUUACUCAAUCAAGAUGAAAAAGAAAUCAAUUUACCCACAGUUGCUAAGGAGCACAAGUAUGUUGUCAUUUUCGCCUACCCAAAGGCGUCAACACCCGGUUGUACUAGACAAGUUUGUGGAUUUCAAAAGAAUUUUCAAUUUUUAACUGACAAAAAUGUGGCUGUUUUUGGACUUUCUGCCGAUACCCCACACAAUCAAAAAAAUUUCCAAACUAAACAACAUGUAGAAUAUGACUUGUUGAGUGACCCCAAAAGAGAAUUGAUUGGGUCAUUGGGUGCUAAGAAGCAACCUUCGGGAAUCAAGAGAUCUCAUUGGAUCUUUGUUGAUGGGGUAUUAAAGGUUAAGAGAUUGCAAAUUUCACCCGAACAAAGUGUUGAUGGCGCUAAGGAGGAGAUUGAACAGUUUAUUGCUGAGGCGAAUGGUGAUAAGGGAGGCUCCAAUGGUGGCGAUGGAGUCGUUGAUAAUGGAGUCAAGGAUGAACCUGCUGCCAAUAGUGAUGCGGCCAAACUCGUCAAUCAUGUAACGAGCAUACCAGAAGGAGCAAAUCCAUCACAACUUGACACUUCAAAAGAGGAGGAAAGCAAUCCAUCUGGUGACACUAGUGGUGGAGUCUCAGAAGGAAAGUCCAAAGAACAAGAGCAAAAAGACAAUGCCUUGUUGUCCUCAGAACAACCGGCUGAAGUCAUCACCGAAGCAACCACCACAACCAUUUGA